GAAUAUACAGUGGUACUAGGGUGAUUUUGGCGGUAGAUCAGCCUGUGACGGACAGUCCGGUCGGACCCUGUGUUGUUGUGGACUACUGUUCACUGAACGCCGAGUUCAGGCUGCACCUGGGAGAUGCGAGUAGAAGACAACCUGACCAACACAGAAAUGGAUGGCCGAGCACUGACGAGCCGCAAAUGCAUAGCGGUGAUACUUACAAUCAACGUUGCUCUCAUCGCAACUUUCAUCUCAAUUUCCUUGACAAAGACCUACGACGCUCAAGAAGGGAGUGUACCAGGGACCAUAAGGUCCACUGUACUGGACUUCCUAAAUUUGACCAAAGAGGGCUUUGCUGAAGGUUCGAGACUGGAAUCAUAUAAUGUCAAUUUGGGAGGAAACCAGGCGGUCCGAAACAAUCCCAGCAUUACAUCUUGGCUUGAAGCAGUUGGCUCUGGCCCCACAGAAAGAUCACAGUAUGUCUGUCAUUGACCUCCUGAAUGACCCGGAAGUGGGGACAACCCUGAUACAGCAUUUCCGGUUGCAGGAGAACCGAAUUGUGGUUUUGAAUAGCAGCAUUUACGACAUGCACACAACCGUCCUCUACAACGUGACGUCAUCAGAUGGAGCGCGACUUGAACUAGAGUUUCUCAAAACCAACGCCUAUGGUAGAGUACAGACUCUGACCAGGACAUCUUACUGGUGCAAGGGCAGACAACUCUGCUCCUUGACUCUUGGAGGAACUUUCGUUCUUUCUGUACCUGAACGCUUACAUUUUGAAGCUAAUUAUAUUAAGUUUAUCAUUGGCGCUAUCCCAAAUUCCCACAUCACGCUUGUUCAUGUCAUGGGAAGAUAAUAUCGACCAUAAGUUUACUGUUUAAUAAAAAAAUUCAAAGUGACAAAAAAGCACGUACCCUUCGAGUAAGGGGCGGCUUGAUUCAAAACUUAGAUAUCGGUAGAAUUACACCAGAGAUAUAAUCAAAUGACACAGAAUUGUUGUUGUUACCGAUAUUAAAGUUUGAACUGCUU